CUGAAUGAUUCAGCUUCUUCUCCUUUCUCGAGUGAAACCUUCGUUAUUUGGGAUCUCGUUCGAGAUUUUGGUCGUUGCACGUUCAAUGUGAAAGAUGGCUUUUAGGAAGGCGAAGAACAAAUUAAGCGCGAUGUUUAAGGUUGCGAUGAGAAACGCCGGAAAAAAAUCAUCAGACGCCGCCAAGGCUGCCGGAGAUUCUCGGGAGAUGGAGGUUCCCGGCAUAGAAUCAUGGAGUUUUUCGGAGAUGCUCUCACCGCUUAAGUCUCACAUCGAUUCGAUUAACACUGGACAAGAUUCUGGGGAAACGACGCUCGCGGGUCAGGUCUCGUCUUCAUUUCCUGUUAAAUCUAUGGAUAGUAAUCUUCUCCCGGAAAGAAAUGACGAUAAAUGUUCUUCCAAGAACGCAUUGGAGCUCUCAGCUUUCCUGUCUGGGAAACUUCCUCCGUCCACAAGCAGAACAUUUGUGUCACGUAGGAUGCAGACAGAGAAUUUCAAGAAAAACCAGUCGCAGAUUUUGAAGAAGCUUGCGAAAGGUUGUGCUCGGAAGUUGGGCCACGAGACUAUGUUUGAGGUGUUGGCUAAAAUGGGGAAAGAAGCGGAUCAGAAAGAGUACAAUGCAAGGAUUCAAUUUUGCAUAAAACACGCGAGGAGAAGCAAUGAUGCUGAAUAUGUUCUUGAUCAACUUGGGAAAGCUAUUGAAUUUUUCAAAGAAAUGAGACAGCUCGGGUUCUCUAUAGACGAAGGAACUUACGGGCCUUUUUUCAAGUACUUGGUUGAUAUGGAAAUGGUAGAGGAAUUCCAGAUUUUCAAAGAUUUCAUUAGCGAGGCAUGUCCUGAGUCUCUGGGGAAACUUGUCUACUAUGAAAUGCUUCUUUCUAUCCAAGUCAACGACGAAGAGAAGAUCCAUGAACUUUGCAAUACAAUUGACGAUAGUGGGAUAAGUUUAUCAACCCUACAAGAAUAUUAUUUGGUUGCACUGUGUGAGAAAGACAGAAUGGAAAAUCUUCAGAAGCUUUUAGAGAUUGUCGACAUAACAAAUAUUUCUUCACCAGACGUUUUGAAAAGCAUAUUUGGAUACCUUGGAAAAUCGCUAUUGGAGUCUGUUGCAGUGAAGUUACUUUGGGAACUAAGAGACUGUGAUGAAGUGGAGACAGUUUCAAAUCUCAUAUUUAGCUAUGCAACUUGCAUCCCCAAUUCAACGGUAGAGGAUGCCAUUUUGAAGUAUAACAAGUUGCAUGAUGAACUACAUACCGUGCCUUCAUCGACAUCCUAUGAGAAGCUUGUUAUUUAUCUUUGUGACUCGAAUGAGGUGGUCACUGCUCUUGAUAUAGUUGAAAAUAUGUGUGAAGCAGGCCUGGUAGUAUCAGCAGACAUCCUUCAAUCGUUGUUACAUGCCGUUGAGCAGAUUCUUGAGUUUAAUUUGGUGCAAAGAAUCUAUAAAAUAAUGAGCAACAAGAGUGUGAAGCCCGAUAGUGAGACUUUCAGGAGAUCGAUAAAUUUGUGCAUAAGAAUCAAAGAUUUUGAAGGCGCAUAUAAUUUGCUUGGUAGUUUGAAGAAUUUCAAUUUGGUACCGAACUCAAGCAUGUACAAUUCGAUAUUGGCAGGGUAUUUCCGGGAGAAAAAGGUGAACAGAGCCUUAAUGGUCCUCAAGGAAAUGAAAGAAGCUGAUGUGAAACCUGAUUCCAUGACUUUUAGCUAUCUAAUAAACUAUUGCGGCCAGGAGGAGGCUAUUGCGAAGUAUUAUGAGGAGAUGAAGCAAGCAGGACUUCCAUCGACUAAGCACGUUUACAUGUCCCUGAUAAAAGCAUAUACAUCAUGCGGACAAUUCGAGAAGGCAAACCAGGUGCUCUUGGAGCGGGAAGAUUCGGCUAAGGAUCACAAUGAGCUGAAAAGUGUGCUAAUAUCUGCUCUGGCAUCAAAUGGAAAAAUAACAGAUGCUUUAAGAACUUAUGAAGAAAUGAAGAAAGCCUGCUGCCCAGUAGACCCAAAAGCUAUUAUAUCUCUUAUAGAUCACGCUGAUUCAAACGAAGAGCUGAGAACGUUGGUUCAACUCACUCAUGAGCUGCGUGAUUCUAAAUGGUGGAUAGAGGGUUUCUUCAGAAUCAUUGUGUUUGCUGUUCGCAACAAUAAGUCAAGCUCUGUUCUUGAUUUACUGAAGCAGACCAAAAACAACUUCUCCAAGGAUGACAUCGCUGUGGAAUAUUGGUUUGAAGAGGUGUUUAGGUCGAUAGCAGAAACAGAACCUAGUGAUGUGAAGCUAGGGCUGGACUUGGUGAGCUUUAUGAAGGAAGAGCUUGGGUUAAGUCCUUCAAGAAAAUGUCUAGAAUUUCUUCUACAUGCUUGUGUUAAUGCCAAGGAUAAGCAGAUCGCCUUACUGGUAUGGAAAGAGUACCAAUUUGCAGAACUUCCUUACAAUGUCCUCAACUAUUUAAGGAUGUAUCAGGUUCUAUUAGCUGCAGGAGAUCCGAAAAGUGCACAGGCAAUGGUAUCGAAGAUCCCUAAUGAUGAUAGAGAUGUCAAAUGUAUAAUUAAGGAAAGCCGUAUUGUAUUUACUCCAAAAACAAAAAAGAAAACGUCUAAAAAGAAACAAUUAUCUCGCCAAGCAAAGUUAGGAUGAUCGGUUAGA